AUGCGACGCAACAUCAAAUUAAUCGUCUUCGUUAGCAUCAUUUGGAUGUUCGUCAUGGUUUAUUACUUUCAAACCAGCACGGAAAAGGUGGAAAAUCGUGCGCUGCGUCUACGUGAGGUGGCCACAGCUAUGCAGCAAUACCAGGACGAUGUCUCAUCGGGCGCAUCCACAGCGCGCCAAUGGGCACCAGCUGCCAACUCAGGGCUGCGAGUUGCUGCUGGCGGCAACGCGGCCGAUGAUCCCGGCGGCAAUGUCAUACUCAUUGGCAGUGUUAAGGACUUUGAGCGCAAUGCCGUGCAUGGCCUCAAGUUGAAUGGCAUUGUCGCCUUGGAGGACACCGCGCUGGGCAGCAGCAGCAACAGCAACGUUGCCAACGCUGGCAAUGUGGCGCGUCUGCCCAUGUCCGGCGGCAGUGCACGUGGCGAGGUGGAAUAUUUCGAUGAAGCGGGUUACAUACGCGGCGGCGCGCUGCGCACAGGUGAAGAUCCUUACAUACGCAAUCGCUUUAAUCAGGAGGCGAGCGAUGCGCUGCCCAGCAAUCGCGACAUACCCGACACCAGAAAUCCCAUGUGUCGCACCAAAAAGUAUCGCGAGGAUUUGGCCGAGACAAGCGUCAUCAUUACUUUCCACAAUGAGGCAAGAUCAACGCUGCUCAGAACUAUUGUUAGCGUGCUCAAUCGCAGUCCAGAGCAUUUAAUACGCGAAAUUGUGCUCGUGGAUGAUUUCAGUGAUCAUCCUGAGGAUGGUCUGGAGCUGGCGAAGAUUGACAAAGUGCGCGUGAUACGCAACGAUCGGCGCGAGGGUUUGGUGCGCUCUCGCGUGCGCGGCGCCGAUGCCGCCGUGAGCAGCGUGCUCACCUUUCUGGACAGCCAUGUGGAGUGCAAUGAGCAGUGGCUGGAGCCGCUGCUGGAGCGAGUGCGCGAGGAUCCCACGCGCGUUGUGUGCCCCGUCAUCGAUGUGAUUAGCAUGGAUAACUUUCAGUACAUUGGCGCAUCGGCGGAUUUGCGUGGCGGCUUCGAUUGGAAUUUGAUAUUCAAGUGGGAGUAUUUGAGUCCGACGGAGCGUGCGGCACGCCACAACGAUCCCACCACCGCCAUACGCACGCCCAUGAUUGCCGGCGGGCUGUUCGUCAUCGACAAGGCGUAUUUCAACAAACUGGGCAAGUACGACAUGAAAAUGGACGUGUGGGGCGGCGAGAAUUUGGAAAUCUCAUUCCGCGUCUGGCAGUGCGGCGGCAGCCUCGAAAUCAUUCCCUGCAGCCGUGUGGGCCACGUGUUCCGCAAGCGCCAUCCCUACACCUUCCCCGGCGGCAGUGGCAACGUGUUCGCGCGCAACACGCGCCGCGCCGCCGAAGUCUGGAUGGACGACUACAAGCAGCAUUACUACAACGCCGUGCCGCUGGCCAAGAACAUUCCAUUCGGCAACAUCGACGACCGCCUGGCGCUGAAGGAGAAACUGCACUGCAAGCCAUUCAAAUGGUAUUUGGAGAAUGUCUACCCCGACCUGCAGGCCCCCGUGCCCCAGGAAGUGGGCCAAUUCAGACAGGACGCUACCGAAUGCUUGGACACAAUGGGACAUUUAAUUGACGGCACAGUGGGUCUCUUCCCCUGUCACAACACUGGCGGCAAUCAGGAGUGGGCGUACUCGAAGCGCGGCGAAAUCAAGCACGACGAUCUCUGCCUCACGCUCGUGCAGUUCGCACGCGGCUCCCAGGUGGUGCUCAAGGCCUGCGACGAUACGGAGAAUCAGCGCUGGCUGAUGCGGGAGGGCGGCAUGGUGCGUCACCAUAAGAUCAACGUUUGCCUGGACACGCGGGAUCACAAUGAGCAGGGCAUAAGUGCGCAGCGUUGCAACUCGGCGCUGGCCUCGCAGCGUUGGGCGUUUACCAAAUACGCGUGAGAGACGCCAGAGCAAAUGUAAGCGAAGGAAAAUGGAAAAUGAAAAACGGAACGUGAUAUUUGUGCAUGGCUAUAUAAAUUAUGCAAACACACACACACAUGCAUAUAUAUAGCGAAAAAACAAUAAGUUACCAAUAUUUUGAGUUUCAGUUUUGUCUAUCGCUAGCAAAAUUGUUAUUAACAAAUGAAAUUUACACGAGUAUGGGCAUAAUUAACUUAAUUUCCAAAAGUGGAGGAGAAAGCAAGAACACGUACUUAGACUGAUUAAUUUUUUGUAUAUGUAAAAGCA